UUCUGUUCUUUUUUGUCUGAAGAGACAGAGAAGGAGACUUCUCAGCUGUUGGAGGGGAAAAACUGACCUUAUCCACCAGACACGUCUCACUGGCUCGCUGGUACUGGUGCGUUUUCCACAAGGGAGGGGCAUCGAAGUGUCAUUACCAGACGGAGAGAAGGAACAGCAUCUCCAGAAGAGGAGCAGCUUUUUAUUUCCACAACGCGCCGCGAUGACAUCAUCAACCCUGUGGCCUUUCUCCCUCUCCCUCAUCCUGCUGAUGAACCUGUCCAAUCAGCUGGAGGACAACAAGAUCCCCAGCCUGUGCUCCGGACAGCCGGGCAUUCCGGGGACCCCCGGGGGGCAUGGCAGCCCCGGCCUGCCAGGCAGGGACGGGAGAGACGGGCGGGACGCCCCUCCCGCAGAGAAGGGCGACAAAGGGGAACGGGGAGAACCAGGGAUAUCUGGGGAGAGGGGAUACACCGGUGACAGUGGCUCGCACGGAGAAAAGGGCGAGAGGGGCCCCCAGGGGGAGUGCGCCGUGGCCCCCAAAUCCGCCUUCAGCGCCCGGCUGGCGGACAACCGCAGCACGGCCAUCCCCGUGGUGGACAACGCGGUGCCCUUCGGGGUGGUGGUCCUGAACGAGCAGGGCGACUACAACCCGGAGACGGGCCGCUUCACCUGCCGCGUGCCGGGCGUGUACUACUUCUCCGUCCACGCCACCGUGUACCGCGCCAGCCUGCAGUUCGACCUGAUGAAGAACGGCCACGUCACCGCCUCCUUCUUCCAGUUCUUCGGGAACUGGCCCAAGCCCACCUCGCUGUCGGGCGGGUCCCUGCUGCACCUGGUGCCGGGCGACCAGGUGUGGGUGCAGAUGCCCCUGUCCGAGUACAGCGGAUUCUACUCCAGCGCCAAGACCGACAGCACCUUCACCGGCUUCCUGCUGUACUCGGACUGGAAGAACUCCGCCGUCUUCGCGUAGCCCCAGGACGGUCUCACACACACACACACACACACGCAUAUACACACACACGCGCAUAGACGAACAGACACAUGCACAAUCCACCGAAAUGUCCCUGAGCAAGACACGUAAACCCCCAGUUGCUCUCGAUCAGCUGAUUGGUCAUUUGCAUGACAGCCUAUAGCCGUUGAUGUGUGAGUGUGAAUGUGAUUGAGAGACAUCGAUUUUAAACUGCAUUAGAAAAAGGCACUAUAUAAAUGCAGUCGAUUCACCAUUUCAUUUAGCCCCUUUUGAUCUGUUUGCUGAUUUGAUUUUGUGUUUGACCAUUGCCAUGUUCUACUUGACUCUGAUUUUUGCCUUAGCCCUUUGGUCUGAUUGCCCCAGUGUAUAUACACACACACACACUUACACACAUACGUAGAUGAACAGACACACACACGCACACUCAUGCGCAAUAUGAGAAACAGCAACUAAUCACUGAAAAACUCACGAUGCCAUAUGUCAAUAUUCAUACUUUUAACCAAGUCAACGUUUAGUCUCAAGAGACACGGGCCACCGUCUGUAAGACACUGAGCCCAAAUGAUAGACCUUACAGCUUGUGUUGGAUAAUGUGCAUUUUCAAGGUGAUUAUUUGCCUGUCUCAUCCACUAUGUACUUCUUGCUCUGUUAAUCUGACAUCAUGCUUUGCAUUACAAUGCUGAUUCUCUGCCUGCAGCUUGGUGUUGAUUGGUUUUCCCUUUGCUUUUAAAUCACCGCCUUCCUGAAUUUCUAUUAGAUAAGUGAGCAUUUGCGUCUGUGGAGACUGAUGAUCUAUGGACUUUGAGCAGCAUGGCGGCAUUUAAUAUAAUCCAACAUUUUGAGGUGUUAAAAAAAUGUUGCCAUAAAUUCCUUCAGCUAAAACGCAUACCAAGCAUAUGGGUCAAUUCUGUGAUCUUCUUAAAAUAAAAACAGCAACGUAUUAAACAAUAAUAUCUAAAAAAGUAUAUAGGUCAUUUGGACUUUUUCUUAAGGCCUUUAUAAAGCAUGUAUAACAUUGAAUUAGUAUUUAAUAAACAAUAAAUAAGGAGUUUAUGUUCUAGUACGAGUCCAUAGUAACACAAUUGAAAGGAAAAUAAAUGAUGCAGAAUGGAAACUUGUUAACAUAGCAAGGAUCAUCGAAUCACAGUCAUCAAGGGCAAUAACAUUAAUUGCUGGUUUUCUACCCUCCCUUUACCUGGUGUGAAGAUAGUCUGGCCAAUCAGUGGCACUAAUUGUUCAGUUAAUUACCAGGGAGAAAAAGAAAACGAGGCCUGGCUUUGGAUUUGAGGGCCAGAUUUGAUGUUCCCUGCUCUACAAUAUGGGAAACAUCAAUCCCUUGCAUCUACUAUCAAGUGGUAACAUGCUCAUUAAGUUUGUCUGUAUGUUUUAUGAAUGUUCUAACGCAGGGUGUGACCAGAAAGCAUGUGUAUAUCAUUGUACUAAUUUGUAUCUACGUAUACUAUGUUAGCUAUCUCCAAUCUUUUGGCUAUCACUGUUGAAUGGUUGAUUGUAAGUCAUUAUAAGCGAUUGUUAACCUGUUAAUACUGUCAUCUUUGAGCACCGUUGGAAUGAAAGAUAAAAACAGGAGGUUGGGAAAGAUGCACUGUGCCCUUUGUCUCCCUGAUAACUUUGGUUGUAUUUGAAUGCUUAUUGCUGCAUCAGUUGAACCAAAUGGAUGUUAUAAUGGACAGUGGGUUUCCUGUAACUGUGGUGAAUAUUCCUCAUUGCUUCCGUUGGUUUGAUAAUGUAAUAAUGGACACUGGCCUCCAUGGCCAACGUACUGUAGCCAAAGCAAAUAAAGCAACAUGAUCUCGCA